AUGGGAACUAAUAAUUCAAAGGAAAAAAGCAACUCUUACAAAAUCACUAAGGAAUAAAAUGAUGUUCCAUAAAUAAAUCAAAAAAAAGAUUAGUCCUAGGAUCUAGUUCAAUAGCUUGAGAAAUCUAGCUCUAAAGUUUAGAAUGCCUAAAUUAAAUCAUAAAUUAAUAAAUAAUAAAUAAGAAAUGAAGUUCCCAAAGUAAAAGAGGAGCAACUUCAAUAGCUCUAAAUAACCUUCUACAAGGGAGACUUUGAAAAUUAAAUUUUUGCUCAAUAAGAUCAGUCAACAGUUCUACAUAAUAAUGUUCAAACCUAAGUAAAAGAACAUGGAGUGGGGUCAACUUUAGAUGUAAACUUAGAAAUUCAUGAUGAUCAUGCAAUGGAUGUGAAUGGAUGCAGAAACAAAUUGAGAAAUGAUAGAUUCAUACAGAUAUAAGAGCAUGAUCCUAUAAUCGUGGCUGUCUUAGAUGAUCUGGAGUGUCAAACCUCUAGCCAUCACCCAUCGAGUACUUAGGCCAAGCCUUACACAGGUACUAAAAUAAUGAUUUAAAAUCGAAUUAUUGCUGGAUUAUGGAAGAAGUUGGGACCCUAUAAAGUGACCAAUUUCAACUUUACACCAUUCGAACUAUAAGAGAACUUGAUUUAUUAUGGAGAAUGGUUUUAAUAAAAAAGAAAUGGCUUUGGAUUUUUGAUUUGUGACGAUUUUAUUUAUGAAGGGUAUUGGUUGAAUGAUGCUUAUCACGGCGAUGGAAGGAUGAUUAGUAAAGAUGGGAAUAUCUACAUUGGAGAGUUCAAAAAUGGAUAAUUUAGUGGUGAUGGAUUUUAUCGUAAUAAUGAAUAAGUUAUGUAUGAAGGCGAAUGGGAAAAUGGACAAAAAAACGGUAUCGGAAAAGAAUAGAUGCCUGAUGGAUCGGUUUUUAUCGGUCAAUUUUAUAAAAAUUAAAGAAAUGGACAGGGAAAGCUAUUCAACAAUAAGGAAUAGUUUGUAUUUGAAGGAGAAUGGGUAAAUGGAAAGCCCAUUGAUGAGGGUAGAGUGAUUUGGCAGGAUGGUAGAAAGUUUGAAGGAAAGUGGUGUAAUGGAAUGAUGCAUGGGCAUGGCAUAUUUAUAUGGCCAGGAGGCAAGAAAUACAUUGGGAAUUAUGUGAAUAAUGUAAGGGAUGGAUAUGGGGAAUACUAUUAUCCAGAUGGAAAGAUAUAUAAGGGAAUGUGGAAAAAGGGAUUAAUGCAUGGAUAGGGAAUCAUAAUAUAUCCCAACAAUUCCCAUGAGAAGGGGUAGUGGAAGCAAGGAAAAAAAGUUGUAGUUUAAGACAAAAAGCCCAAAGAAAAAUCAUUAAAGAAGUAGGAAAGUAAGGUUAUCUUACCUCUUUGA